AUGCCUGUUCAAGUUGCAACUGGUGACAAAUUUAGAGAUAACUGUAUCAGGUUGCUUCAUAAAGCACUCGUCGGAAAUUCUCAAUGCAGCGAAGAGGAGAAUCAACGUUUAGCUGAAGUGGCAAGACGUGUCGAGCAAUCUAUGUACCGCGACUGUAACUUCCAAGUGAAUAAACAUUAUAAGGACAUUGCAAGGAGCAAGGUCUGGAAUUUGAAGGACUCGAAAAAUCCAGAAUUACGUGAAAAUGUUAUUAGUGGUAAUAUUGAUGCUGAAGAAUUUGCAAAAAUGGAUUCAGAGGCGAUGGCUUCAAAAGAACGAAAGCGUCAGAACAACAUUAUUCGCAAGAACUCCCUUGCAAAUUCAAUCGCUAUAAUUGAUUUGAAACCAAUCCCGAUGGAUGACUCCGAUCCGAAUGAACGAAAAAUUACUCUUGGCGAUCGAGCUGGAAACAGGGUCUGGAGUGGUUCAGAUAUGGACACUUCAACAUAA